CCUCAGAGGAACUUCACACAGUUUCUCCUGGACAUUGACCGAUUUCGAGAGGGUGCUGUGCAAUAGACUGGAAUCAUCUGGUGUGUGUGGUCAUGGAUGUUCCCGCCCUAGUAUGGCUGGUGUUGCUUUUGGCGAGUGGACGGCUGCCUGAAACGGAGGGCAGCACUCAGCAGUUUGACAGCAGUGAUGAAGGUCCGGAGGUUGAAUUCCUGUCGACCUCUCGCACACGAAGGGCCCCCAAGCCUCCUCCGCAAGACAAGUGCUCCUACACCUUCAUCGUACCCCAGCAGAAGGUUACGGGAGCCAUCUGUGUGAAUUCCAAAGAGCCAGAGGCUGUGCUGGAGAACCGUGUCAAUAAGCAGGAGCUGGAACUCCUCAAUUCUGAAUUACACAAGCAGAAGAGACAAAUCGAGACUCUGCAGCAGCUUGUAGAAGUCGACGGCGGCAUCGUCAAUGAGGUGAAGCUUUUGCGCAAGGAGUCCCGUAAUAUGAAUUCCCGAGUGACACAGUUAUACAUGCAGCUGCUGCAUGAGAUCAUCCGCAAGAGGGACAAUGCGCUGGAGCUCUCGCAACUGGAGAACAAGAUCCUCAACCAGACCUCCGAGAUGCUGCAGCUUACAAACCGCUAUAAAGAUCUGGAGCAUAAGUAUCAGCACCUCGCCUCACUGGCCAAUAACCAGUCAGCGCUAAUUGCUCUUCUUGAGGCGCAGUGUCAGAGAGGACCACCAGUUGUGGUCCCCAGGGUACCGGUCCAGCCUCAGCCCCAACCGCAACCUCAACCCAGACCCUCACCACCCCUCAAUAAGCCCUACCAGCCGCCAACCUUUAGCCGCAACAACCAAUUCACCAACGAGAUCCAGAGCGAUCAGAACCUCAAAGUGCCACCUGCCCCGCUUCCCACCAUGCCAGGAGGAACUCACAGUCCAUCCACAACAAACAAACCCUCCGGUGAGUCUCACAAAUGCCUCAGGAAAUUAGAAGACGGUCACACUAACAGUGGCAUGCACCUAGUGAAGCCAGAGAACACCAACAAGCUGAUGCAGGUGUGGUGUGAUCAAAGACAGGAUCCUGGCGGCUGGACAGUCAUCCAGAGAAGAAUGGAUGGCUCCGUCAACUUCUUUAGAAACUGGGAGACAUAUAAGCAAGGCUUUGGAAACAUCGAUGGAGAGUACUGGCUGGGCCUGGAGAACAUAUACUGGAUAACCAGCCAGGCGAACUACAAGCUGCUGGUCACCUUAGAGGACUGGUCUGGACGCAAGACAUUUGCAGAGUACGCAAGUUUCCGCCUUGAACCUGAGAGCGACUUCUACAGGCUUAGGGUGGGCCGCUACCACGGUAACGCUGGUGACUCCUUAACUUGGCAUAACGGGAAGCAGUUCACCACUCUGGACAGGGAUCAUGACGUAUACACAGGCAACUGUGCCCACUACCAAAAAGGAGGCUGGUGGUAUAAUGCCUGUGCCCACUCAAAUCUGAAUGGCGUGUGGUACAGGGGAGGUCACUACCGCAGCCGCUAUCAGGACGGCGUGUACUGGGCUGAAUUCAGAGGAGGCGCCUACUCCCUCAAGAAGGUUGUGAUGAUGAUACGACCCAACCCCAACACCUUCCACUGAGCAGCACAUAAACACAGGGGAUGAACUGAUAACUGCUCCCCAACGGUCGCCGUUCACCCUAUAAAGUGUGAUUCAUUUGUGGUUUGGCUUCCUACGUAACAAACAGUGUCUUGGCUGAUGUAGCUGAGAGGCAACACCAAAUUGUCAGGGACUACAAAAGAAAGCUCUAUUAAGUGCUAUUUACAAUGCAGAAAAUGAAGUGUGAUGAAUUGGCUUGUUUUCCUUACAAUAACUUGUCACUAGGAAGUCAUCUAAUAAAAACAUAUGAACAUGAUGUGCUUUUUCACUCUAGUUCAGUCAAAUCAAAUGAACCUGUUCUUUUUUAAAUAUACAGUGCAAUUGUGAAUCUGUUGUCAGUUGAUUAGAAUUAUUUUAUGAAAUAGCAUCAGUACUAAAUAAGACACAGGACAUCCA